UUUUACCCAACCACUACAGGCUGCAUUGAGCAUCUCAUCUCAGAUAUAGAGAAACAGUCAUCUCUGAUCUUCUUCUACACAUAUAUCGGCAGUUUCACAAUUUAAGGUUUUCGUAAAUAUUAUUGUAGUUGCCCGAGAUAGCUUAGCUAGCUCCGAUCCGUUCCAGACAGUACAGUCUUCAAAUCUUAAUUGAAGUUGCAGUUGGCUGGCCGAUCGCCGCUCAAUGCAAUAUCUUCUAGCACAAGAUCGCAUUUUACAGAGAGUUUUGAAGAAGAAGAUCAGAUCACAUGGUUGUUGAAUCCUUGUCUCCGCCAGUGGCUCCACGUCACCAGAAGGAAGGGGCCCGCCGCGAGGUCUUUUCGAGGAAUAAUGCAAUCGGGAACCAGCGGCGGCGGCGCGCGGCGGAUGGGGGAGACAACGACGACGACCCCGCCGGAGAUCGCCGGAUAAAGUGCACGGGGAAAUCCUGCAAGGCAUGCACGGCGGGGGUGAUCGCCGACUGCGUGGCAGUGUGUUGCUGCCCCUGCGCCGUCGUGGACUGCCUAGUGCUCGCAUUGUUCAAGGUUCCAUGGAAAGUGGGGAGGAGAUGCCUGCGGAUGCGGAAGAAGAAGAAGAGGGGCGGCGGCGCCGGUGGCCGGAGACAGCUGGACAACAAAGAUAAUGGCAGUGACGACGGAAUUUCAAGAAUGGGCAUGGUAGAAGAGGGAGCUUUGGAAAUUGCAUUGUCGGAAUUUGGAAACAACGGAGAAGAUGAGCUAAAAGACAGUUUUAGUGCGAGGUUUGAUGCAGAAGAAGUAUGGUUAGAGUUGUACCAAGUUGGUCAUUUGGGUUUUGGUAGGGUGCCUCCUCAAGGUGAUGGCAAUUAAGUGAAUUUAAUUUUUUUUAGGAUAAUGUAUUAUUAUUAUUCCAAAAAAAGCUCACUUUUUUCCAUUCAAAAAAUGCUCAAGCAGUCAAGCUAAAGUUGUACCCUUUCUUCUUGUUCUUUUUUGGAUGGAAAUUAGUAAGGAGUAUAUGGUUCUUCACUUCUUGGGAAAAGCCAUCAUUCAAAACUCAAUUCAUACUGUUAUACUAGU